CUUGGGUGUAAUACCGCGAUCUCCGCUCCCUAUUGGCUGAAAGAGAAACUGUGGCCGGGCGCCAAAAGUGGCAAGAUCCCUGCCAUUGCUGAGAAUCUGAACAAUUGCAAGGAGCUGAUCUGUUGAGUAAGGUGGUGUCAUUUUUGCAGUGUAACUGUCCAGAACAGAGGCAUACUUUAAAAGGAAAUUCAGCUGCUGAAGAACGCAUUCUUUCAUGCUUAGAUGAGUUGAAUGUUUAGCACCAAACUUCCACAAAACCAUCAGCCUCUGAAAGUUCCCUUUCAGGUUACAUUUCAGCCUGGGCAGUGUGUUAUAAGCCAUUCCCCGGCCAACAUGAAUGAAGGGGCCAGCUCUGGAGGAGAGAAACAGGAGCUGAAAUUCAAGAGAGUGAUCUUGCAGGACCAGAACAAGCCAGAAAAUAUGAUCCAAAGGCAACAGGUGAUCCGGCUCACCUAUUUGAUUACAGCCAUGGACCUGACCUGCUUGUUCAUGCAGAUUGGGAUCAUUCCAUACUUGGCGAAGAGUCUGGGAUUGGAUUCAGUUGAAUUUGGCUACCUCCAGACAACCUUUGGCGUUCUACAACUUCUGGGAGGUCCUAUUUUUGGAAGGUUUGCUGACCAGUUUGGCACCCGAGCUGCAUUAACUCUUUCAUAUCUCUCUGGAUCUGCCUUCUUUCUGCUACUGUCCAUCUCCACCAGCGUCCCACUUCUCUUCAUGUCCAGAAUUCCAUCCGUGUUUAUGCAUGGGCUACCAGGUGCUCAGAUGGUCAUUACGGAUCUGACUACUCCUGCUGAGCGUGCAGAUGCAUUAGGGAAGCUUGGACUUUGCUUUGGAGUAGGAGUAAUCAUUGGAUCAUCCCUGGGUGGGACACUCAGCACAAAAUUUGGCACAUACUUUCCGUCGUAUCUUGCAGUAGUGGCAAGUCUCAUAAGUGCAAUGAUAGUUAUGACCUGUAUCCCUGCUCACACCAAACCAAAGUCAGAAGGACAAGCUACGCAGCAGCGCACAUCACAGUCCAGUGUGUUUAGUCUCAAAGAAAUCCUACGCCUGCUGAAGCUUCCGGGAGUAAAGGAAGUGUUCUUAAUCAAGGUCCUUUCCGGACUCCCUACAGGUUUGUUCCUGGUUAUGUUUUCCAUCAUCUCUAUGAAUUUCUUUGGGCUGGAGGCAGCACAGACUGGAUAUCUGAUGUCAUAUUUUGGUGUUCUUCAAAUGGUUGUUCAGGGUCUGGUAAUUGGAAGACUAACUAGUCGCUUUACAGAGAGGACCCUGAUCAUGUUGAGUGUCUUAGUCUUCAGUGGAGUGGGCCUUGCUAUGGCGCUGAUGACCAACGUGUUCCAUUACUGCAUCAUUGCUCUCCCCAUGGUAUUUGCACUCUGCACUAUGGGCAUCAUUACGGACAGCAUUCUCACCAAGUCCGUCCCUCCUUCUGACACUGGUGCCAUGCUUGGGAUAUGUGCAUCUGUUCCUCCCCUGACACGGACAGUGGGCCCAACACUAGGUGGAAUUUUGUACAAGAUGUUUGGAGUCUCAGCCUUUGGUUAUUUGCAACUGGUUGUCAAUAUAGCUCUGUUUUUGUAUAUUUUUAAGAAUAAAGUACCCCAGAAUGAGGAGAAAGUUCAGUAAUCCAGGCUACAUGUAAAUCUACUUUAUCCACAAAAACUAAAAUGGGCAAUGUUUAUAUAUCAGGACUUUUACCUCUAUCACCCCAGAUUGAAAAUAAAAGUAGCUUUAAGCCAACACUUUGCAUUUCAGCAGCAUAUACACUAACUUUUGCUAUUGGAGCGGUUACAAAGCCUUAGUAUAUGAUAUUCCACACCAUUGAUAGUUUGCAGACAUCUGGGCUCAACACUAUUACAAGAGAUAGGACCCCAUCCUCAGCUGAUGUAAAUCAGCAUAGUUCCAUUGAAGUCAAUGAACCCAGUCAGAAUGCAGCCCUCCCUCUUUAGUAGUAAAGGGGAGGCACUGACUAGCUCAGGUUGUUUUAACAGUGCCUAGCACAAUGAAGCUCAGAUCCCCAUUUAGGCCUCUGAGCAAUACAUUGAGUGCUAAUAGUUACAGAAGUUUCAGCAACUGCAUUUCAGCUACCCCCACUUACAGGGGUGGGUCUAUCAUCUCUUACACUGUAGAAUGGAAGUAAAGGCACAUCAUCCAGAUUUUUCAGACAUGGUGUCCUAAAGUUAGCUACCUGAAUCCAUAUUUAAGUCAUGCUUUAACCCCACCUGGAAAAAAAAGAAACUCACACCUCUUUAGGAGAGUGUUCCAGGCUGCAGUACAGGUAAUUGAAAAACCUCUAGGUUCUGGAAGCCAGGUACUGUAUCCUUCUGCUUUAAUGCACAAACCCCUCAAUGCAGAGCAUUUCUUCCCACCAGCCAUACAUAGGGAAUCAGAACAAAGACUUUCUUCAAGAUGGUCCAAGCAACAGCUAGCUGAAACCUAUUUCAUUCUGUGGGAAAAAAGCAGCUAGUCCAUAACUUACAAAGCCUCAUUAGUAAUUUAUAGCCAUGGCAUUUCCCAGUUCUUGGAUGAGCAUGCACUUCCCUUUUGAGCCACACCCUUGACUAGCUCCUUAUUAGAACUAUGCUUUAAAUCAGCCCUUAAUUAACCCUCCUACAUGCUGUUCUCAGUAUAAUCUUUGUAGUUUCCACCAAUACUCUCUGGUCUCCCUCAAGCAAGACUCUGUGGAAGUCAGUGGGAACUUUACCCUAUUAAGGAUUUCAGUUUCAGACCAUUCGUAAGAAACACUACACAGGAAGAGUCUUGCAACUCCGUUUCAGUACCAAAUGCAUUUUUCCUUAUACCUCCCCUUUCUAGCUGUAGAGAAAGGAUAGCUGUAUGUUGCAGAAUUACUCUCAAGGAAAUGUAGAUUAAUUAGCAAUAAGUCUCAAAACCUGAUUUUCAUAGGCACAGUACCAAGAAGUUCAGCUAUUUCGCCAACCCCUUGGCUCUGCAAAGUGUCCUAAGAAGAAGCUGAUAAGAUGUACAGCACUUCCUGCCUCUGGAACCCCUUGAGAACAGCCCCUCCCAUUCAGCAUGGCUAAUCCUGGCUGGAUCUAGAAACUGCAAAGAUGCAUGGAGAUGUGAAACGACAGGGAACUUGUUAUAUAAACCUUACCAAACUCCUCAGA